AUGAGCUCUGAUACCUCACCACUAUCCAAGGAGACGAUCGCACAUCUCCAGCAUAUCGCACAGCGUCAAAUAGACGCCAUCAAUGCCCGCGAUCUCUCCAUCGACUCGCCCGCCUGGGCCAACUGCGCGAAAAACUUCAUAGCUGAGCGAGGCGGUAUGCGCGGAAAUCAGCAGAAGUAUCGGGUCGACCUGCAAGGGCUUUUGGAUGACAUCAAAGCAAUCAUAGCGAGAAGUCCGAAUUAUCACAUCGACUUGAACGAGUGCAGCAUCCAGCCUGGGGCCACGGCUGAUUCUGCAAUGCUCCACGCCCCGCAUGCUGUGACGGGAGAUCCGCCUGGAAUUGUGCUGUGUGUUAUGGGAGUCAUGGCUUUCGAGAUCAUCGAUAAUGAGUGGCAACUUUUAAGCUCGACGCUUCCGACAUCAAUUCUUCUUCAAAGCCGCCAUUGCGCCCGCUUUAUCCAAGGCCUUCCACUUCAUGAACUCCUUCUCCUCCACGAUCUGGCGACGGCGAGGCAUCCGCUCUCUCGGCCAAAGCCCAUCCUCCUUAGCUUUCGCGAUUCCCACAUUGAGCUUGUGAACGUCAGCUAUCUCCUCGUUAGAGAUGCUCUGCCAGCCUGCCAGCCUCUUCUCCCGGUGCUGCCUGAUAUCCCGUCUCUCCACGGCGAUGCCCUCCAUAGUCUCGCUGUAAUGCUCGGCGGCUUCGAAAGGGUUGACAUGUCUUAUGGGAAAUAA